AUGGCCACAACUCUUCGACGGCGCAUCCCGCCGGAGACCAGCCCGGCCGAAACCCCCGACGACUCGAAAGAAGACUCUCCGCCGAUUCAACCAACAUCUCACGUCCAUGUGAUUGAACGGGGUCCCAAGGCGCGCAAGCGUCGCAAUACCUUUAUUUUCUUGCUCGGCAGCCUAUGUGGCCUCCUUGCGGCGGGUUUCUUCGCAAAGACCAAUGACUUGAUCGACCUACCCGAACUGACGGAUCUCACCAUGGACAGUUUGCUUGAUGUUAUACCUGCCGGCUUGAUCAAAGACAUGCGAGAUCUUGCACAAGGAGAGCGUGACGUCGCGUCUUCCUAUGACUCUUUUUCUGUAGGCCUGAAGGCUCGGGCUGAGGGCCUGGAAGCCCACCAUCCCAUGAUAAUGAUACCUGGUGUUAUCUCGACAGGCCUCGAAUCCUGGGGGACAGCAAAUAUCUCGAGGCCCUAUUUCCGGAAGAGGCUUUGGGGGAGUUGGACAAUGAUGAAGGCGUUGGUUCUGGACAAGGAGGUUUGGAAGAAGCACAUUAUGCUCGAUAAACGAACCGGGCUAGAUCCACCUUUGGUGAAGCUACGUGCAGCACAGGGCUUUGACGCAACAGACUUCUUCAUUACGGGCUAUUGGAUAUGGAGCAAAAUCUUCGAAAACUUGGCCACCAUAGGAUACGAUCCCACAAACUCGUUCACUGCCGCGUAUGAUUGGAGACUGUCUUAUCCCAAUCUCGAAGUCAGGGACCAGUAUUUCUCCAGGCUAAAGGCGUACAUCGAAACCGCUGUCGAGUUCGAAGGGCGAAAAGUCGUCCUGGCUUCGCACAGCAUGGGAAGCCAAGUCAUCUUUUAUUUUUUCCACUGGGUUGAAUCCGAUCAAGGCGGUCGUGGUGGAGGAGACUGGGUAGACCGUCAUGUCGACUCUUGGAUCAAUAUCAGCGGCUGUAUGCUGGGCGCAGUAAAGGAUCUGACGGCCGUGCUCUCUGGAGAGAUGCGCGACACGGCGCAGCUGAACGCGCUGGCAAUCUAUGGCCUGGAGAAAUUUUUGAGCAAAGAUGAGAGAGCUGAGAUUUUUAGAGCCAUGCCGGGGAUUUCCUCGAUGCUGCCUCUCGGAGGCGACGCUAUUUGGGGAGAUCUGAACGGAGCACCUGAUGACCAGCCCGAACAAGGACUCUCUUACGGAUCCUUUCUCAAUUUCCGGGUCGGCGCAAACUGGACGACUCCAGAUCGAAACUUUACCGUCAAAGAUUCUAUGGGCUAUCUUUUCAACACGGCCGAGGAUUGGUACACAGAUCAGAUAAAGCGCAGCUAUUCCCAUGGAGUUGCGCACACCACCGCGGAGGUUGAGGCAAACGAGAAGGAUCCUAAAAAAUGGAUUAAUCCGCUUGAGACUAGGCUUCCACGAGCACCAAACCUAAAGAUAUACUGCUUCUAUGGCGUUGGAAAGCCUACAGAGAGAUCCUAUUAUUACCGAGCACCUGAUCAGCCGACUAUGACCAAUCUCAACAUCACCAUCGACGUUGGUUACACCGAAGGGACGGUUGAUCAUGGUGUUAUUCUAGGCGAGGGAGAUGGAACCGUUAAUCUCUUGAGCACCGGGUACAUGUGCAACCGUGGUUGGCACAUGAAGCGGUAUAAUCCUGCCGGAGCCCAGAUCACCGUGGUAGAGAUGCCUCACGAGCCCGAUCGGUUUAGCCCGCGAGGAGGCCCCAAUACUGCUGACCAUGUUGACAUCCUGGGAAGACAGACCCUGAACGAGCUGAUAUUGAGAGUCGCAGCAGGCAAGGGUGAAACCAUCACGGAUUACGUGGUCAGUAAGAUUGGAGAAUAUGCAGACAAGGUGAAAGUUUACGAAGAAGAAGAUGAAAGCAAGAAGAAAAAGAAGAGCUCAUAG